AUGAAGGCCGCGGCAGCGAAGAAGAUGGUGAAGGCCGCGGUGGCGAAGAAGACGGUGACUGCCUCCUCCUCGUCCAAGCGGUGCUGGAGCUCAUCUCCUUCUCCACCUCCCUCGGACAGCACCCUGGAGGCCGAAUUCGACCUCGGGUCUUUUAGCCCAAAAAGGAAGAGGAAGCCAGUGGAGGGGGAGGUGGAGGACGAGGACACAGAGACGCUGGCCCAGAGGCUGGCAAAGAGGGCCAAGGCCUCGACGGGCGACAAGCCCCCGGUGGGUACUUCGCACCCUUCCUUGGCGGACUGGGAGGAUAUUGACACCGUCAUUGAGAAGGUCUCUAAGGACGCCGAGGCCGAGGCCGACAAGAUUGCUGCCGAGGAGGCUGCCAAGACCGCCACUGAGGAGGCUGCCAAGGGGCCUACCGGGGAGGGGGCUGACGUCAAGAAGGCCCAGGAGGCGGCGAAGGAACAGGCCGCCAAGGAAGAGGCCGCUCGGCAUCAGCACCAUGCUCUGCUAAACUCCCAGGAGGAGAACCUUGUCACCCGUGAGGAGGCGCUCGCCGCCACACUCCGUGGAAAGGAUGAGGAUGUCGAGAAGCUCCUGCUCUCCGAGGCCAACGACUCGAUCAACAAUCUGAAGUUGAAGCUGGACGGCUUGGAGGGGAAGUUUUCGGAGGCCGAGGCUUGUGAGGAGACCCUGAACAAGAUCCUGGAGGACGAGAAGCAGCUGCGGAGGAACGGUGCCGCCGAACAUGAGGAGUACGCGAAGGGCGUAAACCUUUGGAUCAGCCGCCUCGUCGACGUCGCCGGCAGGAUCACACCAUGGGGAUGUCGAAUGUCAGGUACUCCCAGGAGCCUAAUGUGA